CGAAGUGGACGGACGUUUGUUUAGAAAAUUAAAUUGAAUUAAGUAAAACUUUUUUUAUGUGGUGUAGUGUUUUAUAGAAGAUGGCUAAUCCUCUGUUAAGAAUAAGUUCGCGCUUGACUGUGCUCAAUCUGGAGAGAGCUGCCUGCGCCGUAGCCAGUUCAAAUACACCUAGAACAGUUAAGCUUAUUCACACGAAGGUAUCAUGCACGGGCAACGUGUGUUACCUCCAGCUACAGGAACCGCGAGAGUUGGACGCGGACCGCGCGAGGGCUCUGAGACGGUACAGCAAACAGAGCAGGACAGAAGACAGGAGGAAAGAGGAGACGGAUUCAGACUCUGACUCAGAUACUGAGUGCAAGGGAUUCGAUAGGUCGGAGUUCUGGCGGCGGAAAAUGCGCACCGUCCACAACAUACUGGAUGUAGACAAGGACGGCCUGAUCUCCUUCAACGACUUCCAGCUGUUCGCAGACAGGUUCAAGAGCUUGGGACACCUGGACGACCAGCAGGCGAAGGAGUUCACGGAGAUUAUAAAGCUAACUUGGGAGGAGCAGUGGGGCGCGAUAGACCCGUACAACUACGUCACAGUGGAGCAGUAUCUGGACGACAUGCACCAUGUGUUGAACGACAAGAGUAUCAAAAAGAAGGCGUAUAGGUGGCUGCCGUAUCUGUUCAAGGCGGUAGACAAGGACCGGUCGGGCUACAUCUCUGUGUCGGAGUUCAAGCUGUUCUUCCGCUGCCUGGGGCUGGGGGACGAGGACGCCGCCAUCGCCUUCGCCGUCAUUGAUACUAAUGGGGAUGGCAAGUUAUCGCUGAAAGAAUUUGUGAAGCUCGGCAAAGACUUUUUCUUCACCGAGGACGAGACAAGAGUGUCCAAAAUGUUCUGGGGACCGCUAAAGGGAAUCUAAGACAGUUGUAAAUACAAAAAAAACCCGUAGUAACAAUGAUAAAUGAUAAUAA